GCCGCGGCUUCUCGACCCGGCGCCAUGUCCAGCCUCACCACGGCCGGCAGCCCGGAGGAGCACCACCACUCCGUCUCCGCCGAGGAGUUCGGCGCGCACCUGUCCCUGGGCAUCGGCGGCGGAGGAAGGAGGACGGCCCGGCCGCGGACGGUGCAGCUGUUCGGCGAGGUGCUGUCGCUGCAGGACGACGGCGGCCCUGCUGGAGAACGUCACCGGGAGCAGCCCACGGCGGCGCCGGCUGGCAGGAAGAGGAGGGAUCGCACCGGUAGCGGCACCGCGGCUGCGGCGGCGGCCAGUAGGCAGCAGAACAAGAAGGCGAGGAAGGUCCAGGACGCGGAUGAUGAUGACGGCGACCGCCGGAGCCUGACGAGCGGCGGCGGCGGCGGCGCCGGGAGGAAGAAGCUCCGGCUCACCGCCGCGCAGGCCGCCAUGCUGGAGGACAGCUUCCGCGCCCACAACAUCCUCUCUCAUGGCGAGAAGCAGGAGCUGGCGCGGCGGGUGGAGCUCAGCGCGCGGCAGGUGGAGGUGUGGUUCCAGAACCGGCGAGCUCGCACCAAGCUCAAGCAGACGGAGGUCGACUGCGAGCUCCUCCGCCGCUGGUGCGACCGCCUCACCGACGAGAACGCGCGCCUCCGCCGGGACCUCGCCGGCCUCCGGGGGGCGUCCGCCAGGCUCGCCGUCUGCGCCUCCUGCUGCGACAAGCACCAGGUCGCCGCCGGCGAGAUGGCAUGACGGGAAUAGUUGCAGUAACUGAUGACCCGAGGAGUCCACGGCAGAAUUUCCUUUCCCUUUUCUCUUGUAGAUAGAUACUACUACAUCAGUUAGAUACAUGCACGAGGUUAAUUAUACUACUAAUUAAUCACGUAAUUACCACACUGCCCGAACUUUAAUUCGUUGAAAAGUACUCCCUCCGUUCUUUUUUAUAAGACAUCGUUGACUUUUUUUCUUCAACUUUGAUCGACAUUAUUUAAUUAAUCAGUUAGUUAAAUGAAGUGAAAUGAGUAUCUUUACGUCUAUUAUCAAGAAUCUCUUUAAUCUAACUUGAAGAUUUGGCUAUUUGCAUAAAUAUUUGUAGAAAAGACGAAUAGUCAAACGAAUAAAAAAAAGUCAAUGAUGUUAUAUAUUUAAGAACAGAUGGAGUAGGGUUUGAUGAGGUUCUUAUCACUGACAAAUACUACAUGUUUCGAUGGAACACGUCCAUAUAUGAUACAAUACAAUUUAUACUUUUGAAAUUUGUUUAUGUUCAUCAGUUUCUUUUUGUAAUGCAUGUUCCUUUUCUAUCUCUUGCUAGGUGUGUGUUUCUCUA